AAUAAGCUAUUCUCCUAACUAACGUAUGUCCAUUAAAUUUACUGAUGACGCUGGCCAUUCAGAAGGCGCUGUUGACAUUGGAGGACCUCGCAGAGAAUUCCUGAGACUUUUGAUGAGAUAUCUCCAAUCUAGUUCUCUCUUUAUGGGGCCAGAACAUAAAAAAUACUUAGCAGUCAAUAGUACAGCUGUGAGAACAGAUGACUACUUCAUUGCAGGGAGAGCUAUUGCUGUUUGCCUUGUACAUGGAGGACCACCACCACAGUUUAUAGCAACUGAGUUGUAUGAUGCCUUGGUCAGUGGACCCGGAAAUGUUAAAUGUGAUUUUAAGAACAUUGAGGAUGAAGACAUAAGGUCAAAAUUACAAAAAAUAUAUGAGGUAAAAACCUUAGGUGAAGCAAAUGAAGCUGUCUUGAAGUUUCAGGAUUUUUUGAGCUUAGCAGGGUGCUUACGUAGGGUGAUUUCUGUUGAAUGUUCGAAACAGAUUGUUGAAGAAGCCACAAAUUGGUAUUUUUUCGGGCGCACAAGAGGAGUAUUUGAAAGAUUCAAACAGGGUCUUUGUACACUUGGUGUUCUGGAUGCAAUUCACAAGUUUCCCAAGGCAUUUUACCCAGCCUUAUGCUACACAGAAAAAACACUCACAUGGCAAGAAAUGGACAAAAUGUUUACUAUCACUUUGGAGUAUCAAGGUGGCAAUAAGCGACAACUGCAGACAAAAAUCAUAGGAUGGUGGCGAGAUCACUUAAUAGAUGUGCAAGGUUUGUUUUGCUAAUGAACUGCAUAAGUACAGUGGUGUG